GCUGUGAAGGAUCUGAAUGUACCAAAACCAUAGAGGUAUUGACCAGAGCGGUAGACUCUGGGAAAACGAUCCAGCAGAACGCUGAUUACCUGAACCAGUUCAAAGAGAUGAACUCUCCUGCUGGGGACAGAAAACAGUGUGAUGCGGGCUUGGUCUUACCCUUCGUCGGCCUCACUGGAAGUCCAAAGCAGAGUCGAAACUGUUGUAAAAAUGGUGGCACCUGUAUUUUGGGAAGCUUUUGCGCAUGCCUGCCACACUUCAUUGACCGGAGCUGUGAAUACCACGAACGCUGCAGGAGCUGUGGUAUCAUUCCCCAUGGAGAGUGGGUGCAGAAAGGCUGCUCCUACUGCAGGUGUGGAUUUGGGGUCCUGCACUGUUUCCCUCGGGUGGUCCAUGAGGACUGU